UGCUGCCAGUGUUUAUUCAACUGAUAAGUAGUGUUACUGCUAGUGUUGCUGCCAGUGUUUAUUCAACUGAUAAGUAGUGUUACUGCUAGUGUUGCUGCCAGUGUUUAUGCUGCGCCGAAACCUGCGGACCCAAAAGUUAACACAACAGGCACAGACCUUUACUGUGAACUGACCACAUGGUGUAAGUAGAUGUAGAUGCACUGUUUCUUGUCCACUCCAACAGUAACAUGCUAUAUUCAACUGUGUUCUAAGUAAGCAAAUCGCUUUUCAAAACGCUGUAUAAUGGAUGCUAUCUUAAAGGCAAUCACUUGAGGUGGGGUUUAUAUUAAAUCUUUGUUAAAAGUAUUUUCAGUAAGCCCUUUUGUCACGUUUACCUAUCUACUUCAAAACUUAAUAGCUAUUUAUUAAUUAGAUAUCUAAAUAAUAUUCUAAAACUACUGAUGGAAUGUUUAGAUCUAACGUACUAAUAACUCAUUCAGAGUAUCAAAACAUACAUGGCCAUGCCGCCAUAUAUUCAACCAGCCCAGAAGUUAGAGUGUGUGACACCCUGGGCGGUCUUUGAUUUUUGCCGGCCCUAUUCAAGGUAAACCACAAUGCACACAGAAUACAUGUAAAAAUUAAACCAACCCUAUGACAUAGUUUACUUCUGGUGCGUCCUGCUUCAUCUUAAAAAAGCACCCCGCCCCUUUUUUUUUUCCCCUUCACCCAACUCCGAAGUUUUAUAUUAAUAGUACUGAGUGACAAAAUGCCGCCACGCAGAAGAGUGUCAUGCGUGAUGGUUGAACUCCAGUUAAUAGGUUGAUUUCUUCUCUUUAGGGGGAGCGGACUAUUCUAUUAAUCACCAAAGAGCCACGGUUAAGGUGUCGGAUCGUCGAUAGGACUGACCGUAGGAAUGUUGUUUAAAGGCUGGAAGGUAGGAUUAGGACUGUAUGUAGGCCUACUGUUUAAAGGCUGGCAGGUACGAUGUAGGACUGUAUGUAGGCCUACUGUUUAAAGGCGGGCAGGUAGGAUGUAGGACUGUAUGUAGACCUACUGUUUAAAAGCUGGCAGGUAAGAUGUAGGACAGUCUGUAGGCCUACUGUUUAAAGGCUGGCAGGUAGGAUGUAGGACUGUCUGUAGGCCUACUGUUUAAAAGCUGGCAGGUAAGAUGUAGGACAGUCUGUAGGCCUACUGUUUAAAGGCGGGCAGGUAGGAUGUAGGACUGUAUGUAGGCCUACUGUUUAAAGGCGGGAAGUUAGGAUGUAGGACUAUAUGUAGGCCUACUGUUUAAAGGCUGGCAGGUAGGAUGUAGGACUGUAUGUAGGCCUACUGUUUAAAGGCUGGUUGGUACGAUGUAGGACUGUAUGUAGGCCUACUGUUUAAAGGCUGGUUGGUAGGAUGUAGGACUGUAUGUAGGCCUACUGCUUAAAGGCUGGCAGGUAAGAUGUAGGACUGUAUGUAGGCCUACUAUUUAAAGGCGGGCAGGUACGAUGUAGGACUGUAUGUAAGCCUACUGUUUAAAGGCUGGCAGGUAGGUUGUAGGACUGUAUGUAGGCCUACUGUUUAAAGGCGGUCAGGAAGGAUGUAGGACUGUAUGUAGGCCUACUGUUUAAAGGCGGGCAGGUAGGAUGUAGGACUGUAUGUAGGCCUACUGUUUAAAGGCUGGCAGGUAGGAUGUAGGACUGUAUGUAGGCCUACUGUUUAAAGGCGGUCAGGAAGGAUGUAGGACUGUAUGUAGGCCUACUGUUUAAAGGAGGGCAGGUAGGAUGUAGGACUGUAUGUAGGCCUACAGUUUAAAGGCUGGCAGGUAGCCUGUUGGACUGUCUGUAGGCCUACUGUUUAAAGGCUGGCAGGUAGGAUGUAGGACUUCUGUAGGCCUACUGUUUAAAGGCGGGCAGGUAGCUUGUAGGACUGUAUGUAGGCCUACUGUUUAAAGACUGGCAGGUAGGAUGUAGGACUGUAUGUAGGACUACAGUUUAAAGGCUGGCAGGUAGCAUGUUGGACUGUCUGUAGGCCUACUGUUUAAAGGCUUGCAGGUAGGAUGUAGGACUUCUGUAGGCCUACUGUUUAAAGGCGGGCAGGUAGCAUGUAGGACUGUAUGUAGGCCUACUGUUUAAAGGCGGGCAGGUAGGAUGUAGGACUGUAUGUAGGCCUACAGUUUAAAGGCUGGCAGGUAGCAUGUUGGACUGUCUGUAGGCCUACUGUUUAAAGGCUGGCAGGUAGCAUUUCGGACUUCUGUAGGCCUACUGUUUAAAGGCUGACAGGUUGAAUGUAGGAAUGUAUGUAGACCUACUGUUUAAAGGCGGGCAGGUAGGUUGUAGGACUGUCUGUAGGCCUACUGUUUAAAAGCUGGCAGGUAAGAUGUAGGACAGUCUGUAGGCCUACUGUUUAAAGGCGGGCAGGUAGGAUGUAGCACUGUAUGUAGGCCUACUGUUUAAAGGCGGGCAGGUAGCAUGUAGGACUGUCUAUAGGCCUACUGUUUAAAAGCUGGCAGGUAAGAUGUAGGACUGUCUGUAAGUCGGCAUCCAAAAUAGAAAACGAGAAGUUUACUCUAUUUUGUAACACUUGGACCUACGGGAUAUUUUCUCAAAAUACCCGGACCCGGUGUAAAACAACCAACUGCAUCCGUUUAAGCUAAAGUAUAAUCUGUCUGAAGUGUACCCAACCCACACCCUCUCUUUCUACGCCCACGCACGCAAUUAUUUUAUUAAUUCUUAUGUUCACCUUAUUUAUGUCCAACUAUGAACACUUUCUGACAACAGGUCGUGUCAUUUAAUGUCAGAAAUCUAUUAAUAGAACUGCUGUAAUCAUCCGGGUACUCGGGUUGUACAAAACGUCAACACUGGUCAGUACUACUCUGUUAGCAAAGAGGCCCUUAACCUAAAUCAAAACUUGUUUACAAACUAUAUUUUCGAAAUAUUUCACACAAUUUUUCGUUAUUACUAUUUUGUGAAAUGGGACUUCACAUGCAACGGCACGUGUAAAAGUGACUCUAGAUGCAAGGAUCGUCAGAACGAUAUGCUGAUCCAACACUUUUAGCCGCCAUCUUUUAAGACAUAUGUGUCCGACGUUCUAAAAGUAGUAACUCUAUGACGUUUUCCGGUCUGAGAAAUGACAAACACUAUUCUUUAUAAUUUCAGAUGUCUUCCUGGACUCUCUGGCGUCAUCUGCCUGUCAGGUACCAGCUCACAACUGCUACAGAAGAAAAUGAAGCGUUUGUUCCAAAACACGUACCAGGUCCUCUGGGUCACGAUGUUAAACAAACACUGACAGACGGCCAGGUGACAAGGUGUCAAGUGCUAGUCAGGCUGUACAAGAGCAAUCCUUCGCAGACGGUGUGUAGCAGAGCUGCCUUUCCCAGGAGGCAGUCACCUUUUAUUCAAACAUUCAAACGCCAACAGAGACUCAGCUCUGUCAGGCAAUGGUUCCCUGACUCAUCUGUCCCAGCAUGCAACCCCUUGAGCAACAACACGAGGAAGGACGAUCCAAGGUUAUCAACGCUAACAAAGAAUACCUGUGACCACUGUUUUUCUACAUUCAAGUAUGUUAUUUGGGCCGCAUCGGGUAGUAAGACCGCAUCGAGUAGUAGGGCCGCACCGAGUAGUAUGGCCGCAUCGUGUAGCAGGGCCGCAUCCGGCAGCAGGGCUGCAUCGGAUAGAAGGACCGAGUCAAUCAGCAGGAUAACACCAGAGACUGAACUAAAUUCAACGUUCAAGAAAUAUCCAAAAGUUCAAAGGUCAAAGGGUUCUAACUCACUUCAAACUCUAACCUUUGAUCAAACAUAUACAAUUAACUUGAACGGCGGAGAUCCGCCCAUACAAUCACAUUUUGGACAAAACAAAUUGGCACAUUUAAAGACAGAUAAUACUUCAGCAAAUAAGCGAAACAUGAUGUCAUUGUACGUGCAUGGUGACAAAAGCAUUUCUCACGUGCCAGACGGUGGUCACGUGGUGAGACGUGCGCGUGACGCACUCCGCUGUGAGAAGUGCACUAAGUCAGGUGCGCCAUCAUCCAAUCAAAGCCUGGGUUCGCCCCUGAGAACUGAUAACGAGGCUGACAGUCUGCUGAAUGAAAGAAUAGACUACAUGAGGAGGACGGACCGGUUACUCAGCUACUACACACAAGUGGACAGCGCGGACACAGAAACGUUGUGGGAUGGGAAAUUAAGAAUGUCAAGGUCAAAACACACGACGACGCCAGACUCUGGUCGAACAUCUCGGUCCAAUGGAAUACUUGACCACGGCCACUUCAUCCGCUCAUCCGUCUCGGGCAGUUCUCCCUUCAGGUCAAGGUCAGCCGUACUUCAAACAACACAGAAAUCCCAGGAGAGGCAGUCAAGUCGUGCAGAGUUCCAAGAAGACUGGAAUGUGGUUCUAGGUGAUAACUAUCAAUCAACCCGGCGGGGAAAAAGCUUUCUGUGCCGUUUAUGAAGUCUGUCAUGUCCACUGUGAAGUCUGUCGUGUCCACUAUGAAGUCUGUCGUGUCCACUGUGAACUCUGUCGUGUCCACUGUGAGGUCUGUCGUGUCCACUGUGAAGUCUGUCGUGUCCACUAUGAAGUCUGUCGUGUCCACUGUGAACUCUGUCGUGUCCACUGUGAGGUCUGUCGUGUCCACUGUGAACUCUGUCGUGUCCACUGUGAGGUCUGUCGUGUCCACGGUGAGGUCUGUCGUGUCCACUGUGAAGUAUGUCGUGUCCACUGUGAAGCACGUCGUGUCCAAGUGAAGUCUGUCGUUUCCACUCUGAAGUCUGUCGUGUCCACCGUGAAGCAUGUCGUGUCCAAGUGAAGUCUGUCGUGUCCACUCUGAAGUCUGUCGUGUCCACCGUGAAGUCUGUCGUGUUAUUAACAUUAUUUGCGUACACUUAAGGAAUGAAAAUGACAAAAUACGAAAUAUUAAUUACUAGAUACACCCCGCCAAAGAUUUGCGACAGCCAUGCGUGAACAUCCCAUCUACUAAAAUUACUUGACAAAACAUGAACUCAAGUGUAACGCACAUUUAUGAAUCGCAAUAUUUUUACACCCCUUCCCCCAUGAUAAUUUAGUUACUGCACACUUUUUAUUUGAUCGCCAAGAACUAUAUUAAAUAUUCUGAUGUCCCAACAACUUUUAAACCGAAUAAUUAAAACAACAUAUUUAAAAUGAGACGAUUUCAUUUUCCGAAAAGAAAAUAUUACGCAUCAAACGCAGUUGCGUGUGAAAAUAAAAAUCAUUUAGCGUAGUUAUCGGGAAUUUUAUUUGUGCGCAAUGGAACUCACUGUGGAAUCAUACGUUCUUUCAAGCGUGAAGCAUUAUAUGUAAUAUAAAACACGUUGAAUAGGGUGACGGCCGGUUAGGAAUAGGACCAGGAAGCAGUCACACUACUAGUACAUAUAAGAGAUUCAUUGUUUCACACGGCACAUUGUUUUGUUGUUGAGUAGUGACGUCACGGUUUCAUGAUGUGUAACUGCUCCCAACGUCAUUAUCAUGCCAAUAAAGCGAAG